AUUGAGGCUGGAAUAGGGACCGGUCGUCUGGGGAGGAAGAGGAGGGCCGUGAGGCGUCGGCACGCAGCGUCCCCAGAAGGCUGUGCGCUCCCUUGCUUCCUCCGGGUCUUCUGUGUGAGCGCGUGAAUCGCUGUCUGCCUCUUAGACAUGGCUCUUCACGUCCCCAAGGCCCCGGGCUUUGCCCAGAUGCUCAAGGAGGGAGCGAAACAUUUUUCAGGAUUAGAAGAGGCUGUGUAUAGAAAUAUACAAGCUUGCAAGGAACUAGCCCAAACCACUCGUACAGCAUAUGGACCAAAUGGAAUGAACAAAAUGGUUAUCAACCACCUGGAGAAGUUGUUUGUGACAAAUGAUGCAGCAACUAUUUUAAGAGAGCUAGAAGUACAGCAUCCUGCUGCAAAAAUGAUUGUAAUGGCCUCUCAUAUGCAAGAGCAAGAGGUUGGAGAUGGCACAAACUUUGUUCUGGUCUUUGCUGGAGCUCUUCUGGAAUUGGCUGAAGAACUUCUGAGGAUUGGCCUGUCAGUUUCAGAGGUUAUAGAAGGUUAUGAAAUAGCCUGCAGAAAAGCUCAUGAAAUUCUUCCUGAUUUAGUAUGUUGUUCUGCAAAAAACCUUCGCAAUGUAGAGGAAGUGUCGUCUCUACUUCGUACCUCCUUAAUGAGUAAACAAUAUGGUAAUGAAGUAUUUCUAGCCAAGCUUAUUGCUCAGGCAUGUGUAUCUAUUUUUCCUGACUCCGGCCAUUUUAAUGUUGAUAACAUCAGAGUUUGUAAAAUUCUGGGCUCUGGUAUCUUUUCCUCUUCAGUAUUGCACGGCAUGGUUUUUAAGAAAGAAACUGAAGGUGAUGUAACAUCUGUCAAAGAUGCAAAAAUUGCAGUGUAUUCAUGUCCUUUUGAUGGCAUGAUAACAGAAACUAAGGGAACAGUAUUGAUAAAGACCGCAGAAGAAUUGAUGAAUUUUAGUAAAGGAGAAGAAAAUCUCGUGGACGCACAUGUCAGAGCUAUUGCUGAUACUGGUGCAAAUGUCGUAGUAAUAGGUGGCAAAGUGGCCGACAUGGCUCUUCAUUAUGUAAACAAAUACAAUAUCAUGCUGGUGAGGCUUAACUCAAAAUGGGAUCUCAGAAGACUAUGUAAAACAGUUGGUGCUACAGCUCUUCCUAGAUUGACUCCUCCUGUCCUUGAAGAAAUGGGACACUGUGACAGCGUUUACCUCUCAGAAGUUGGAGACACACAGGUGGUGGUUUUUAAGCAUGAAAAAGAAGAUGGUGCCAUUUCUACUAUAGUACUUCGAGGCUCUACUGACAAUCUGAUGGAUGAUAUCGAAAGGGCAGUAGAUGAUGGUGUUAACACUUUCAAAGUUCUCACAAGGGCUAUUAAGAAGUUUGCUGAGGCUUUUGAAGCUAUCCCACGGGCACUGGCAGAGAACUCUGGAGUUAAGGCCAAUGAAGUAAUCUCUAAGCUUUAUGCAGUACAUCAAGAAGGAAACAAAAAUGUUGGAUUAGAUAUUGAGGCUGAAGUUCCUGCAGUAAAGGACAUGUUGGAAGCUGGUGUUCUAGAUACUUACCUGGGAAAAUACUGGGCUAUCAAAUUGGCUACUAAUGCUGCAGUCACUGUGCUUAGAGUUGAUCAGAUCAUCAUGGCAAAACCAGCUGGUGGACCCAAGCCUCCAAGUGGGAAGAAAGAUUGGGAUGAUGACCAAAAUGAUUGACUGGUUUAAUUCUUACUGUAGACCUAGCAUUUGUAGUAGUACUCUAGGAAUUCCUAAUGUUUUCUUACUCUCCUUAAAUUAAGAGUGUUUCCUUGGCUGAAUGAUACAAUAAACAUUGUUACUGCUAAA